ACAUUCCUCCCAGUGGAAACUGGUAAAGAGAGAGAGAAAAUAAGGUAGGUGUGGCGAGAGUUGAAAUGAGGGGACCACCAAGAGGGGCUCAAUAUUGCAUUCGUGGGCCCGUUCGGUGAGGUCCGUCUGAUCCAGAGGAAGGAGAAGUUAGGCAAGGGGAUUUAACAUGGCCUACUUGCUGAUGUUUGUGACCCUUCUGCACCUAAUCACCCUGGCAAUGCUGUUGAUUGCCACCAUGGAGAAGUCCUGGUGGAUAUGGGAUGGGAUGGAGAAUUCAGACCUGUGGUACAACUGCAGGUUUGACAACGACACAGGAACCUGGUUGUGUGCUUCUACCAAAGAAAGCGAAUGGCUUCAGUCAGUCCAGGUCUUGAUGGUCCUGUCAGUGGUUUUCUCUUCCGUCUCCUUCAUGGUCUUCCUGGGACAGCUGUUCACCAUGUCCAAGGGUGGACUUUUCUACUUUACUGGCUUCUGUCAAAUCUUUUCAGGUCUGACGGCAUUUGCAGCAGCUCUCAUCUACACGCUACACAACAAGGAAAUCCUUCAGGACUCCAGAGAACUGAGCGCGGGACACUUUGGCUACUGCUUCAUCCUUGCUUGGGUGUGUGUCCCCCUGCUGCUGUGUAGUGGUGUCAUAUAUAUUCAUCUGCGCAAGAAGGAGUGACUGGGAAAACAUGAUCAGCUGCAACCGUUUUAAAAAACAAGAACUAGCAUUGAAGUAUUAUCAUUUGAUGAGGUUAGUGAUAUUGCUGCCAAAGAAGGAGCCAAGUGUGAGAAUGAUCUGACACAUUGCCUGCAAUUGCUGUCCAAGCUUUAGCUUAUGUGCUUAGCUUUUAUGCAUUGUAAGUAAACGGGAGCAAUACCGGUAAAUAAUGGUAUGCCUUAUUUAGCAGUGUUUGAAGCCUCAACAUAAAAAACAAGAGGCAAUCAUCCUAUUUUUUAUAUGUUUAUUUUUAAAAGUAUUUAUUUGUAUUGACCGAUGAAGCCAGAUACCAAAGGAGUGUUAUGUAUUUUCUGACAUAGUUUUACUUUACAUAGUGCUUAAGUUGCUUUUUUUAAUUGUCUCUUGAGCAAACUGGAAAUAUUUUUCUACCCAAAGCUCAUGUAUAUUAUCUGUCUAGUAGCUGCUUCAGCUUUUUUUUAAUUACAAGUUCACAAAAUGAAUGUAUUUUUUAUUUCUGCUCUCCAAUUUAAAAAUAAAACUUUCUUUACAAUA